CUUGUUUUUGCGCAUGCGCAGUAGUAAUCGUAACGGAAGUGGCACAGCCCGGUCGUCUGAGCCGCUGUGAAUGAGAACGCACUGAUUUGAACCCGAAAAUGUUGAAGUUUCUGCCCAAACUGCUGCUGCUGCUACUGCUGGCCUUCCCGGCGACCCUGCUCGUCAAAGGGCCGGUGGUGAGCGCCCAGGAUCUGACUGAGGAUGAGGAGGCUGAGGCUGUGGAUGAAGACGUCGUGGACGAUGUGACGGCUGAGGAUGAGGAUGACGAAGCUGAAGUGGAAGACGACGACAACACAGAACUGACGGAGGAUAAAGAUGAAGAAGAGGAGGAGGCAUCAGUUGGAGAGGUGAAGGCUUCCCCCAACGCCGACACCACCAUCCUGUUCGUCAAAGGAGAAGACUUCCCAGCCAACAACAUCGUCAAGUUCCUGCUCGGCUUCACCAACAAGGGAUCGGAGAACUUCAUCGUGGAGUCUCUGGAUGCUUCUUUCCGUUACCCACAGGAUUACCAGUUCUACAUCCAGAACUUCACCGCUCUGCAGCUCGGCAUCGUGGUUCCCGCCAGCAGACAGGCCACCUUCGAGUAUUCCUUCAUCCCCGCCGAGCCGAUGGGAGGGCGGCCGUUUGGACUCGUCAUCAACCUCAACUACAAAGACAGCAACGGAAACGUCUUCCAGGAUGCCGUGUUCAACCAGACGGUCACCAUUACUGAGAAAGAGGACGGACUUGACGGAGAGACGAUCUUCAUGUACGUCUUCCUGUCAGGCCUCGGGCUGCUCGUCGUCGUCGGUCUCCACCAGCUGCUGGAGUCCAGAAAGAGGAGGCGUCCGGCUCCAAAGGUGGAAAUGGGAACUUCGAGCCACAACGACGUGGACCUGAGCUGGAUCCCUCAGGAGACGCUCAACCAGAUCAUGCAGAGUCGCAGAGACAAAGCAUCCCCGAGAAGAUCUCCUCGCAAAAGGAGCCAGAAACGUUCGGCCGGCUCAGACGAGUGACGGCCGCCCGACACCUCAGCCGCAGAACUUCACCCGUCCGUCGGCGCCGGAGGAGGAGGAGGAGGAGGAGGAUUCGGGCUGCCAGCUCCACCCCGAGGCCCUCUCUGCUGAGAAACUUUAACCAGUGCCAAGCGACGGCCGGCUCUCUGCUUUCAGAACUGUUGACCACACUCACAUCCACAGCCCCUUUUGUUUGUCCGUUCACCGUCAGCACAGAGGAGUGGGAGGGAUCGUCGGCUUUAGAAGGACGCUUUUCCUCUGCAGGUUGUUGGUCUUCUUCAGAGAUUGUUUGUUUUCAGAGCCUUAGUGAGAUACCUGCUGAUACUAUCAUUGUGAGACAGUAUUGAUUGUCUUUGUGUUCAUUAGCUCCCACUCUGAGACGGUGAUCGACCCGCAGAACGUUUUUUCAUCCAUUAACUCUCAUUUUUACAAAUAAUCCACUCAUCUUGGGCCUUUUUGACGUUGUUUCCUCAUUUUUUGGGGCAGUUUUUUUUUUGCUCUGGUGCGUAACGGAGCUACGAUGACGGUAACAAAUGCAGUUUUUGAUUAUUUUCUGUGUAGUUUUUGCGUUUGUAGAUCCUGCCUGCACAUUUCUGAGUUUCGUAGAUCGUGUCUGCUCGUUUCCCUCCGCAGAUCUAGAGGGAAUUUUUUUAGUUUUAACGGAUUCGCUAAGAAGAAGCAAAUAAAACUAUCGUGGAGAGCUCAGUGCCGUCCUUCUGUUAGACUGUCAGACUGUUUGAGCCCACAUGAGGGAGCUGAUGUUGAAUUUAGGGGAUUAAAAACCAACAAUAUGCUGUAAAUUCAGUAUUCUGCAGGACGUUUUUCUGUUUCUACACAACACGUCAAACGUGUGACUGAGUUUUCCAGUCCAACGCUGCUUUAAAACGCAGGAAUUUGAAGCAUUUGAGUGUAAAAAAUCAGCCGACAGAAAUGGACAUGGCCUCGUUUUUUGAUUUUUCUGGAAGUGAUUUGACUUUUAUGCUCAAACGUGUCAUUUAGGAAAAAGAAAAUUCACCAGAAAAACAAUUCUCUAAAGGAGAUCACUGGUUUGGAUAGAUCUGUUAAAUUUUCAAACAUUUUGUUGGACGUCGAUUAAUGUAAACGAUCAGCGGGGUUCUUGAUUAAGGAAAUGAUCUUUAGGAAGAAACGGACAACAAAACCUCUGAUUUCUCUCCUUUAAAUUCGCUCUUGGCAGCCUGAUGUUCUGUCGUUUCGUCCUGUGAGCUCAGAUUUCUUCAGCCUCCAGAUGUGCGGAUGUGGAAGCGUCUAAACCCUCGACACGUGCCUGUUUUCUAUCUUUUUAAAAUCGUUUGGCUUCUCUCGGCUCGUUCAGAAUCACAGAAUCUACAGAAUCUUCUCUUUUUGUUGUUGUUGAUGAACCGGCUGAAGCACUGGUGUAAAUACUGGCCGAGAGCAAAAACUACCGAGCUAAUUUAUUCUGGGGACACGAUGGGCUUGAAUGGGGGGGGUUUGUAUGCUGUACUUCUUUUCUUUUACCACUAGGGGGCGUCGCUGUCCAGCAGAGUGGACGGAGUUUGCUCCUCUCUCUGCGGGGCUUUCCUUCGUUCAUUCAGGCUUCUGCUUUCAUUUGCUUUUUAAAUGUGCAGGAAAAUAAACUUUGAUGAUUUGCUGUA